AUGUUGGACGCGGAUGGAGACGAAACACUCGAGCUGGGGACUGUCGUCGGGAAGAAGUACAAGGUGAGCAAGCAGCUGCUGCUCUGGACCCUCUAGAACCCAUCCGUUCAGGUGGUGCAAACCCUUGGCUCCGGCGGGUGCGGCUCCGUGUUCAAAGUGGAGGAUCUGGCGGAGAAGGGCGCGAUGUACGCGAUGAAGGUCGAAUUCAACUCGGCCAACGCGGGAAACGUGCUCAAAAUGGAGGUGCAAGUGCUCUCGCAGCUCACAAACAAGCGCCACGUGGCAAAGUGCGUGGCGAGCGGCAAACGGACUCGCUUCUCGUACAUGGUCAUGACGCUGUUGGGCGAGAGUCUCGAGUCGCUGCUCAAGUGAGACUCUCGUCGCAAAUUGUUUUGUUCUGCAAAAAAGUUUCCAGAAAACACGGACCUUUUGUGAAUGUGUCCACACAAAUGCGCAUCGGAAUCUGUCUGCUUUUCGGCAUCAAACAGAUUCACGACGUGAGGAAGCAUUCGCUGAAAAAAGUGAAUAUUGGAAAUUCAGGUCGGCUACUUGCACCGCGACUUGAAGCCGGCCAACUGUGCUCUUGGACAUGUACGUGCCAACUUUUUUGUCAAUUUUGUGAUUGGGGCGCAAUUUUUUGUAAAAACGUACGCGCACUUUCACAAUGCCGAUUUGCAGAAGGGCUCCGCCGACGAGCGUUUCUUCCUCGUCUUCGAUUUCGGUCUCUCGCGCCAGUACAUCACCAACGAUGCGGACGGCAAGAAACUGCGGCGGCCACGCGAAAAGGCGCUGUUCCGCGGAACGUCGCGCUACUGUUCGAUCGGAAUGCACGAGCGAUUCGAGCAGGGAAGAGUCGACGAUCUGUGGGCGCUCAUCUACAUUCUCGCGGAGCUCCGAUGCCAGCUGCCGUGGCACGACGUGGACGACAAAGUGCAAAUUGGCGAGAUGAAGAAGCUCGUCGCCGACGAGGUGCUGUUCGCGAAGAGCCCCACGCAGAUGCUCGAUUUUGUGAAGAUCGUCAGGCACACUCAAUUUUACGAUCAUCCCGACUACGAGAAACUGUUCAAACUGCUAGAGGAUGUGAUGAAAAAGGCCGAGUACAAGUGGUCGGAUCCGUAUCAUUGGGAGCCGGAGAAGAAGGACAAGAAGAAGCACGGGCUGCUCUCGUUGGAGAGCAUCAAACAUAAAAAGUCGGCGGAGAAGAAAGGUUCGUCGGAUGUGAUUAUCAUUCCGAACUGAUUAGUUUGAGGGGCCGCUCCGAAGGCGGACAAUGUCGAGCACCCGGAAAAGCCGUUCUUCACCUCCGAGGACUUCCGAAGCAAUCCGAUCGGAUUUUAG